CUUUCGGGAAUAAUGCCCAGAAUCUUUUCUUCUCUCUGAUUGUAAAUACCCCUUUGGUUCAUUUCAUGAUCGAGCGAAUUAAGUAAACUCUUCUUUCGCUUCCGUACUUCUUCUCUGAGCUUCUCGUCCUGCCCAACAUCUCUCACCACUAUAAUCUUGAUGGAGAAUGAGCAGGUGAACGGCGUUUCCAACCUUCCUAUCGAAGAAGAACAGGUAUGUGAUGGUGUGAAGGGAAUAGAGUGUGGAAUGUCAAGCUCAAGCUCAAGCUUGACGGUGUGUGACAGUUAUGGGUUUUGUGCGAUCUGCUUGGAGAAGAUAGCACUUCAGGAGACUGCUCUUGUAAAAGGUUGCGAGCAUGCUUACUGCGUGACAUGCAUCCUUAGAUGGGCCAUGUACAAUCAGAAGCAAUUGUGCCCUCAAUGCAAGUGUCCAUUUGAGUUCCUCAAUGUUCAUAGGUCACUGGAUGGAAGAAUCAAUGAUUACAUGUUUGAGGAGAGUGUGUGUCUUCUUCUUAGAGCAGCGUGGUUCAUACCUUUGAAGGUAGAGGCUCAGGAAGAGGUGUAUGAUGAAUUAGAAGAUAUUUAUCAAUAUGUAGAGGACUAUGAUGAUGGCAAUGACGAUGAAGAUGAAGAUCUAGAAGAAGUUUACUAUACCAGUUCAAAUCUUCGUAUUGGUAACCGUAGGUGGGGCGAUAAUGGCUAUGUGAGGGCAGGGCGAAAAGAAGCUUGGCCUGUCCACCGUGAACUUCAGGACCAUGAUGCUGGUCCAUCACGUGGUACGAAGGAAAGAGUGGUGGCAAACGAUACAACUGGAAGACGAGCAAAGAGGGCAAUGAAGCGUGAAGCUGCAGAUAAAGCUGCUGCAGCAAAACAUCAACAGCAUUUAAUAAGGUUAGGACGCAAGUAGUGGAAGCAACCUCACUAAUGUUUAAACAGUAGGUCAAUGUACAGAUUUCCCUUAGGUUGGCAUUGUGAAAUAAUGAUUUGGUAGAUAGUUCAGUACCUUGUUCGAUCAUUGAAAUGCAAGUGUCUGUUGAAAUUGUUCUGUUU